UCCGCCAUGGCGCCGGUAAAGCUAAGCUCCAGCCGGCGCGCCGAGAGCCUGGGUUUGCGUGGCGAAGCGGCUUCUCCAGUCGAAGUCAAGAACAGGGACGUGAAACAGAGAAGGUGGAGAUUUAAUCACCCGAAGGCUUUUGUAGGGAGCGUCCAUGAGGGGCAAGGCUUUGCACUUAGAAGAAAGCUAAAGAUUCAACAAAGUUACAAGAAAUUGCUUUGGAAGGAAAGAAAGUUUCAAACCUCACGGGAAUCCCAGUUCACAGAUCGAUACCCAGACCACCUGAAACAUCUCUAUUUAGCUGAAAAGGAAAGGCUCAAGAAGCAAAACAGAAAAGUUCCCCAGCCUUUGCCAGAAGUACAAGUUGCACAACCUUUGCCAGAAGAGCGCGCCAGCCUUGACCAGGCUGUGUCUCAGGAACCGUGCAGCCUGGAUCAUCCUCUGCCAGAAGAACAAUGUAGCACAACAGUAAACUCCUUUGCUACCCGAAUGAAAAAGAAAAAGAAAACAUCCAAUCAGAAAGCACAGGAAGAAUAUUCACAGAUCCAAGCCAAACGUGCUGCUAAGAAACAGGAAUUUGAGCGGAGGAAACAGGAACGAGAAGAAGCUCAAAGACUCUACAAAAAGAAGAAAAUGGAAGUGUUCAAAAUAUUAAGCAAAAAGACUAAAAAGGGUCAACCAAAUUUGAAUAUACAAAUGGAAUAUCUUCUUCAAAAAAUACAAGCAGGAAAUUAAAUCAGAUACAUCCUUAAUCAAUGGCCAGAGCAUCUGCAUAUGUCUACUUCAAUUUCUGAAUAUACAAGGGGACGUCAAAUCUUUCAAGGGAAAGAACAUUUUCUAUGCAGUUGUACAUUACAAGAUUUGUUUUUAAUUUGUUUCUAAAGAAAAAUAGAGUGAAGAACAGAAAGCACCUUCUAUUUGGGAGACAGACUCAAACAUAAUACUUUUGUAAUAUGUAAAGUAUGUAUAAAAUGUUUUAAAAAUAAAGGAACGGCUUUAAAAAGUGUUUCCAUUUACAUAGUAA